AUGGUGCAUUCACAUCGCCUUCCUCCGCAUCGGAAGGCGCAGGAAGGCGCUGAUCAGGAGAAGACUGUCUUCAGCAAAGGCGUACAGGAGGCGAAGAUCAUUACUGUUGCACCCGCCGAUGCUACUGCAACAGAGCACACACUUCCAGACGGCACGGUCUGUGCCGAUGUGACCACUGGCGUCACCAAGGACGACCAGUUUGUCCGUCUUCGAUAA